AUGCAUGCUUUGCUUCUGGGGAUCUAUGCCAAUGCAGUACAGUCAAUGACCAAUGAGCUCUGCUUAGAAGCAAUGAAUGAAGACCGAUCGGUCUUGCUAUCUCGUUAUACAGCUGGGGUGCAAUAUGCACUCCACAAAGCUGGCUUCUUGCAGUCCUCCGACCUGACUACCCUGCAAGCCUACGUGCUUUUUCUGUACUCAGUAUCGACGAUCAUUGACCCUCGUUCAUAUUCCUGUUUGACUGCCAUCGCAGACCGGAUUGCCAAACGUGAUGCUCUACAUCGGGGCAUCCAAGGAGAGCAGCUAUCUGCCUUCGAUCUGGAGAUUCGACGUCGCACUUGGUGGCACAUAGUCUUACUGGACAGCCGGGCAGCAGAGGUUUCUGGAUCAGGGACAUUCGUGGUUGACUGUCAAUGGAAAGUAAAUUUGCCCCUCAAUGUCAACGAGAGCGACCUGAACCCGGAAACAACAUCAUUGCCUCGGGAAUAUGAGCGCGCAACAGAUAUGCUAUUCUGCCUCAUACGUUGCGAGGCUGCUGAAUUUCAUCGCAAAUUUCGUGCAAGGAGAAUCCUGGAAGAGGGCUGUGGCAAUCUAAAAGUCCCGCCCUUAUCCCUACAAGAAAAACUUGAUUCUAUCGACGUUUUUGAGCGGCACAUCGAAGCCAAAUACCUCCAAUACUGUGAUCCCCAGCUUUUACUCCAUGAUUUGUCGCGCUACUACGCAACAUACUUCCUAACAAAGAUGAGAAUCAUCACGUACGGUGCCUACCUUAGCAGGGGUCCCUUCGAGAACACCAAGACGAAGGAUGAUCAUCAAGAUAACGUUAUACGGAUCUGCCUUGAAGCAAUUGAAGCAUACCAUUGCCGUGUCCAAAAUCUAAUGUCUUUAAAGUUUGCGUGGUAUCUAGCAAACACUCCACCAUUCCUCGCAGUGGUCAAUCUUUUUUAUAUUCUUCGAGAACGGACCGAAGGUGAGCUCGUUGCUCGGGCAUGGGAUAUUAUGGGCUGCCAAGAUGAGAUAUUUGGCCGUCCCGACUGGAUAUGUUCUUUCGGGCCGGAAAUGCACGAAGCAAAGCAGGGAAACAUGGUUGCAACCUUCGCUGGCUUGGUUGUACAGGCGUGGGAAGCCCGCAGGAAAGUACUAGGCCGAGAGAACCAAAUUCCUAUGCCGCGCCUGAUGAAUAAAAUGAAGGAAGUACUAGGUCCUUUGUUCCGAACAAAACAGUCCACAACUCUGGAUAAAUCUAAUCAUGAAAAGAUUUCCACGUCUGGACAACCAAAUUUAGGCGAUGCAACAAAGAACUGGAACGUCUCGGAUGCGGCACCAUACUCACAGCCCAGCAUUAUGUCCCAGCCCGAGACAGGCCCUCCAGCCGAGUACGCUCCGUCGAUCAACUCUGCCCCUCCUUACAUGUUGGACAUGCCAGUUGAUGCCUAUCAGGUGGAUGGCAGUUGGGUUGAAGGAGAUGAAUGGCCAAUUUUGUUCCCGGAUGAUGGACGUGGAUUGAAUGUUGACUGGGACCAGAUACUAUUUUCUAUGUAUCAGUAG